AGGUGCACAUACACACAUUGCACACUCGCUCACAUGCACGACCGUCGCUAGGUAGGUAUAGCUCCUGGUCUGGGAUCUCCUUUCUUCCUCCCUGUGCUGUGUCCGCAUCUUGUCUCCCACUCUCUUCUCCCAGCUAUAUCUCACUUCUCGCCUCGCUUCCCACAACCUCAAAGAACCUUCUUGCUAGCUAGCCGUUGAGGUAGAAAUAAACACACAGAGAAAGAGAGGUUCACACGGCGAGGCGAGGACGACGUCGUAUAGCUAGCAGGAGAAGGACAUAAUAUGGCAAAGUCGUCAAUGGCGGCGGCGUGCUGCGGCGUGGCGGAGGAGACGGUGACGGCGGAGCAGAAGGCGCCGGGGGCGUGCCCGCGGUGCGGCGGCGCGGUGGUGGCCACGGACGUGGAGAGCGUGCGGCGGGUGCUCUGCUGCCUGCCGCUGUGCGUCAAGAACAAGCGCAGGUUCUCCUGCGCCCGCUGCCGACGAAGCCUCGCCUCGCUCUACACCCACGCCUAGCUAUAGCCUAGCUAGCUCCCGUUACCAUUCUGAGAUUAGCUUGCCCUGCUAAUUAAUUGAGUAUUAGCAACGCAAAUCAGCACUACUAGCUAGAUUAGUGGAGUAUGUAGUAGCAGUAGUAGCAUCGUCUGUUCCCGUUCGUUGAGUUUAUUUCGUCAUGUCUAGCUGUUACUUUUGCUUUAUUGAAUGAACUGUUGAUGUUGCAUUGGGAGGAAUAAUGACGACACUCAUCAGGUUUCAAGCAACUACUCAUUUUUUUCUCUUGGUCUA